AGUAUCCACUUCACCAUCAGAGCUGUCACUUUCAGAUGAUCUUCAUAUUCGGAAAUAUCUUCAUUUCUGUCAGAUGCUUCAAUAUACGCUUAUAACUCUUUAUCAGUCAAAGGUCUGCGACGUACCAUGUUGAAUGUAAAAGCCAAUACCGAAUCAUAACUGCAUCGAUGCCUUGUUUUAUAGUCUCAACAUCGUUAGCAAGCACAGACUUGUCAACGCACGCGUGUAGUGAACGCUUAUGAAAGUAUUCAUAUGGAUAUAGGCUAUAAGAAUCUAUGGUCGCAGAUACAAGUACAGACUUGUUUCUGUACAGUAUAUACAUGUAUGUAUAUCUAAAGUUUUUACUAUAUUUUUGCUUCAAACAAUAUAUUUUAGUUGAAAAUGUAAUAAAAUAAAGAACGAUAUAUGUCUAACAUUUGAAAGUAUACUAAAAAAAUACAAAUAAUAAAACAAAAUUUAGGAUUACAUCUUCUUUCGGGUCAAAUAUACCCGAACAGUAUAGCAGGGUUUUGGUUUUCUAAUCAGGACAUUUUUAGAUUAGGAAAGUUUAUCAUUUUCAUUAAAGUGAUGACAUUUGCAUUUUUUGUCCUACUGUAGUGAAAUACUAAAGUAGGAAAGUUUCAAUCCACUUGGUUUAUAACAGGAUCUAGUAUUUUAUAUGAUUCCAUGAAUACUUUUAGGAGCAAUUAUAUUUCAAUACAGGGAUCUUUCUUGUAGAUAUUCUACUAAACUUUCAACUCUACGUUUUUCUACUCCAUAAAGGGAAUAAAAAGCCUUUUUUUAAGUACACAAGAGUUUGCCCUUCUCUUAUUUUCGAUCUACAUUUCUGAAUAUUGGACGAACUGAUAUAAUUACUAAAAUGGAUGUCCUGUUUUUCUUUAUUUCCCAUUGCAUUAAAUCUACUAAGUUUAAUACUAUUCUGCCAUGAUAUUAAGGCUUAUAGUGAUAACAGAAAAACAUUUUCACAUAUAGUUCCUUUUCAUAUAGUCGCAUUUCCACUUUAUGAACAAACUAUAAUUGCAUCGGACCACUCAGCAUGAUGAAAAGUUGAAACUGAUCUUGUAUUUACAUUCCAUCUUGGCCUAUAUGCCAGUAAGCCGAUACAGCUGCUUGUCUUUAAUAUCUAACGGAAUAUUGGUCGGAGCAAUCUCGUUCUUGUACAAAAAGAAAGAAAAUAUUGUAUAAUAUCUGAGUAUUUGCAACGUUGUCAGUCCACCCAUUUCUUCGGUGUCCCACUUGAUCUGUUUCCGAAAUAAUAUCAACAUAAAUGUCGCUUUCAUGUUGGCUAAUACUUUACUGUUAUCAUAAAAGAUCUUUGUAUCUAUCUCAAAAAUUACUCACAUCACAAAAGUACUCAAACCUAUUACUACGAGCAGUGUCAGAUAUGACACAAGUUAUACAACCAUUAAAGAUUGGCUGAUUCAUUAUAACAACUGUCCAAACUAUUUUCAGUGAUAUCAAGAAGAAGAACCUACCUUGCGAUCGAAAUUUUUCUAAAGGAAUCACGCGUCAUUUCCACAUUUCCUUAAAAUAAGGAAUUUGAUCUGAGAACACGAACACACAAAACAUUAGUUUUUGUCCAGCACGUUGCAAUCUAUGCUCUCCAGCAGAUUUGCAUGUGUAAAAGCGAGUGUGCCAAAUAUGAAAUAAAUCGCAGGAAUGGCAAAACUUUUCAUCAAAUUUGUAACAACAUUUUUGUUAGGGUAACAUAUUUACCACAAGAAGCAAUAAGGGGUUAAGAAAAUAUCUCUUGCAGCUGAGGCUCUGCAAAGUGUAGACGAGUUUUAAGAUUAUAUGGUAUUAACAGUUGGUAUCAACAGUAGAUGUUAUAAAACUUUUGAAUCGGAACUUCAUUAAGAGUACGUACUACAACAUAGUACAAGCUGCAGAUAUUGUCUUAGGUUUUCUUGAUAUUUUUAAUCUAAAGAGCCGGACAAGAAACCAAGCACGCUAUUCCUGCUUCAUCUUUGAAUCGAUAAGGAAUGUUUAUACGAUGUUAAUCUUUUAAUGAGCAACAAAAAUUGUGGAAAGGAUAUCUGUAAUAACAUUUUCUAAUGAUAUUUAGAUAAAAUGUGUAAAAUUUGCUAAAGAAAAUUACUUAAAUUACCCAUUUUAUCAGGGUAUCUAUUAUAAUUGAUUGUUUAUUAAAUUGAAUUACUCUGCAGAUUUCAAUCACAGUAUUUUCUUCAUUACUCAUUUGAUUACUUUUUCAAAAAAGAGAAUAAGUUUUUUCGUUGUCGUACAAACUUUCAAAAUUAAAGUAGGUUCUAAAAUAUUUAAUGUCUUAUGAGAGGGUAUUGACAUACGAACAAAUAAUAUUGAAGUAAGAAAUCGAUGAACCCAUGGAAACUUAAGGUAGUACACAAGAAGUGAAUCGAAGGUAAUAAUAAAAUUGAGUAUAUUAUAAUCAAUAUUUCAAUCAAUCAAUUUAUAAUCUUAUAAACAAUAUUUGUAAUAAGUGAUUUUUUUGGCAAAAACUGUACUUAAUGGUAUUAACAUAUCACUAUAAAUUGUUGUUAAUAUAAUAGACUUAUCAGCGUUUUUGAGAUGAGCCACUCAGAUUACCACCAAUGGCAUAUUUUUGAAUCAUCACUUAUCCAACGAUAUGUUAUAAAAAUUUAUAUUUACGCAUUAUCUUUACCUUUAGAGAUAGAUUGAUAUCAAACAGUAUUUAUAGUUAGUCACGAAUCGCGCCAUGUGUUGUACGUACAUGAUCAAGUUACAACGCUGAGUGCUAAAUUUGGUUUAAAUCCCAUACAAACUGAAAAGAACAAUAUUUAAUUGAAAUAGUAAAUUAAAGUAAUAAAGUCAUUCCACAACGAAUAUCUUCUAUUUUAAUUUAAAACAAAAAAAUUAUUACAAAAAUGAAAGAUAUAUUUUCUUAUCAAGGAGCGUAGCGAUAGUAUUAUAUCACUUCCAAACUAAAUAGAUUCAAAUGUAUUACGUAAACUUUCGAGACUGAUUCACCGUCCGCAAAGAAAUACCAAGAGGUGUUGAAAAUUGUGAUUUUAAACCUCAGGACAAGAUCAAAAAAUAAUUAUAGAAAAAACAUGAUUGGGCCAUCAUCGGAGAUUAGCAAGUUGCUGCUUGUGUUGCUACUCUUCUUGUUAGCUUGGUACGUCUACAUGGACGUCAAUUUGUACUUUAGGAUCCACAAUUACCCUAUCGACGAUGAAAUCACAGAUAAUUCAACAAUUACCUACAGCCAAGUUGCUUGGAUCAACUGUAAGAUAUCACCGAUGUGCGAUAUAACCCCUAAAGCUCUACUAUUGGAUCAAACUAAUCAUUAUCUUUUCGGUCCAUUGGUGAAGAUUGUUGAUAAAUUGUUUAAAGUAUCUGAUACUCAAUGGAUUACGCCGAAUUUAAUUAGUUUUUUUCAUGUUUUCGUCGCGGUUGUGAGUGCAAAGUGCUUUUCUAGUGAUAGUUUAGCUUAUAGAAGGAUCGGGGUGGUUUUAUUCGAAUUUAGGACAUUUUUGGAUGAUAUGGAUGGUCACGUAGCACGUGAACGUAAAAAUAUUAAAGGUGAAAUAUCCGAAGUUGGCACUAGCGGUUAUUACAUCGAUGGUAUUUGUGACGGUUUAGGAACAAUAGCUUUAUUAGUCGGAGUUUUCUUAUUUUUAAAAAACAAUCCACCAAGACGCGGUUACAUGCAACUUCCUACCAUAAUAAACGACAGUGAAACCACCGUGUAUCGGGUAAAAGUAACAACUAAAAAAGUUGUUUUAAAUGUGGUUUGUUUCGCCGCCCAAUUACUAUUAAGUUCGAUGGGUUGGAACCGGUACAUAGCUAUUUAUCAGGACAUGUUAGGUAAAGAAAGCGGGGAUUGGUUGAGGCGAUGCGUGAUUUUAAAAAGUUCGUUCUUUUUUAUUGUGGUUAUGGUGUGGCGAAUAGUUAAUGUUCACAAUUUAAUGCAUUUCUUGCUAUUAUCUGUGUUUUGCGAUAAACUCUGGGAGUUCCUACGGUUUAUGCAAUAUAUUGGUUUUGUGAUUGUACUCGGUGCUAUUUGCGUUGCCGAAAUACAUAUUAUGGAUGUUAAAAAUUUUUUGUAUCAUGAUUUAUCAAAUGCUACGAUGUACUAAUAAUUAUAAGUGAUAAAAAGUUUUAUUGGGUAAGAUUGAAAAUGCAAUAUUAGAAGAUUAACCAUGUUUUGCUCAAAGAAAUUAUGAACAUUUCAAUGAUUUAAAAUCUAAUUCCUAAUUAUUAGGCAUUACUUUUAUAUCUUCCUUCCUAUAUCUGUCUUCUAUUUAUUAAAACAUUAGGCCCCGCAUCUGAGGCUUUGCAUCGAACGCACAAUAUUGUUUCAAAACAACAACUUUUUCUUGGAAAAAAUACCUCGGAAAUAAGAUAACAGAAUAACUAUCUGUAUUACUGGUGAAUAAUAUUUGUAUAUCAUACGGUGUGUAUCACAUAAUCUCCUAAAUCUAAUAUUUUAAAAACGGGUAAAGAUGUUUACGUUAAAAAACGUAAAUAUCUUGAAUUUUAGGUACUAUUAUUUUUUUAUUGUACAAAAAGAAUGUGGAAAACAAAGCUUUUAUAUGCAUAUGGUGUACUUAAAACUGCACAAGUAUUUUAUUUAUAUUAUUAUGAGAAAAAUCUUAACAUUAACCUUCUUCAGUAAUGAUGUAUAUCAUAUAAGCAUAUAAUGAUGUAUAUCAAAAUUUCAAAAUUCCUGUUUUCACUUCAACUCUGUAGUUGACUAGUGAUAUUUUUUUAAAUAAUGCUUUUUUAAUACCUUUCUAAUACUUUUUACGUUGUAAUAUUAUAGUCGAGCCUGAGGAAGAUUAAUAGUUAACUGAAAAAUGUUGCACUGAAUAAUUUAAAUAAAAAAUACGUUUGUUUGUUA